CGCGGCGGCGGCUGGCGGGCGGCCGCCCUUUUAAAUCCCCGGACUCGCUGGCCCCGCCCCCUCGGUGACACGGCUGGCGCGGGCGGGCCCGUCCCCCCUGCCCCUGGGUCGCUCUUUUUAAGCUCCCCUGAGCCGGGGCUGCGCUCCUCUAAUUGGGACUCCGAGCCGGGGCUAUUUCUGGCGCUGGCACGGCUCCAAGAAGGCAUCCGCAUUUGCUACCAGCGGCGGCCGCGGCGGAGGCAGGCCGGUCCCCAGCGCCCAGCACCGUCGCUACCCGCAGCCCGGAGCGCGCACCGCAGGCCGGCGGCCGAGCUCGCGCAUCCUAGCCACCACUCUGCCACCUGCUCCGAAGAGGAGGGAAGAUGAGCGAGUCGAGCUCGAAGUCCAGCCAGCCCCUGGCCUCCAAGCAGGAAAAGGACGGCACCGAGAAGCGGGGCCGCGGCAGGCCGCGCAAGCAGCCUCCGGUGAGUCCCGGGACGGCGCUGGUAGGGAGUCAGAAGGAGCCCAGCGAAGUGCCAACACCUAAGAGACCUCGGGGCCGACCAAAGGGAAGCAAAAACAAGGGUGCUGCCAAGACCCGGAAAACCGCCACAACUCCAGGAAGGAAACCAAGGGGCAGACCCAAAAAACUGGAGAAGGAGGAAGAGGAGGGCAUCUCGCAGGAGUCCUCAGAGGAGGAGCAGUGACCGUGCGUGCCGCCUGCUCCCUCACGGAGGAGCAGCUUCUUUCUGGGACUGGACAGCUUUGCUCCGCUCCCACUGCCCCUCCCCAGGCCCCAUCACCACGCCUCUGCCCGCGGCCCCUGCCCUCGCCUCCACACACUACAGCGCACCAGCUGCUGCGGGCCCCUGUGGGCCGCGUGGGAGCAGUGUUCCCCUGGCCUCCAUUCCCAGCCACCCCUCCCGCCCACGCACACGCUCGCCCUCCUGGACAAGGCUAACGUCCCACUUAGCCGCACUCUGCGCCUGCCGCGUCCCCGCUCCCUGCUCCCUUGGUGAUGGGGACGUUGCUCUGUGGGCUCUUGGUUCGGGGGCCCCUCUCUGCUCCUCCACUGUUCCCUCUGGCUUCCCAUAGAGGGGCCUGGGAGGGCUCCCCUGGCCUUAAAAGGGGCCCAAGCCCCAUCUCAUUCUGGCAUGUCCCACUCCACUGUCCUGGCAGCAGCAGGUGUGGCCCAUGGAGGGGGUGCUUGGCCCCCAGGAUGCCCCCAGCCAGCCUGUAUCUUUGUCACCAUGUGGGGCUCACACCCACUUUCCUUCCCCAGUCCCUGCACUAGGUUGGACAGCCCCCUUUGGGAUACAGGAAGGCAGGAGGGAUGAGUCCCCUGUCCUCUGCACAGGGGCCCCAGCCCACCUUAGCCCUUGGCCUGGGGUCUGAGUACCUAUUGGAGUGAUGGAGGUGCAGUCACCCUUGUCCAGGAGAGGCCCAGAGUCCCUGUGGCUGCCACCUAAGUUGGGCUGGGUCUGUUGCCGCACCCCACCCGCUCCCACCCUGCAAGCUGGGGCUCUAGUAACAAGGAGCUGGCCCUGCCCGUGCCCAGCCCUCCUGCUCCUCCCCACCCCCCAAGGUUCUGGUUCCAUCUUUCCUCUGUUCACAAACUACCUCUGGACAGUUGUGUUGUUUUUGUUCCAUGUUCCAUUCUUCGACAUCCGUCAUUGCUGCUGCUACCAGCGCCAAAUGGUCAUCCUCAUUGCCUUCUGUUCUGCCCGCAUUCCCCUCCCCCAAGAUACUCUUUGUGGGGAAGGGGGGCUGGGGCGCAGCAGGCUGGGUUACCGACCACCCCAGUCCCAGGGAAGGUGGGGCCUUGCCCCUAGGAUGCUGCAGCAGAGUGAGGAGGGGGCCCAAACUGACCAUGAAGGGUGUAGGGGCCACCUCCUCCCCCUGUUCUGUCGGGGAGGGGGCAGCCGUUAUUUGUCCCAGCCUGGGGCUCCCCCUCUGGUUUCCUAUUUGCAGUUACUUGAAUAAAAAAAAUAUCCUUUUCUGGA